AUGUAUCACACGUACAACCCGCCACACAUCCCGGGUCUGCACUUGUUACCAAUGGGGAAGACAGAGUUAGAUGACCCUCUUUUAUCUAACCUUGACGAGACUACUCGGUAUUACUUGGAUUAUUAUAGCAGAUGCGUUUGCAAGCUGUUCAUUAUGUAUGACAGCACCGUGAAUCCGUUAAGAAAUGUAAUAGGAGCCGCUUUCGACAGUCCACUAUUACUGUCUUCGAUUAUUGCACUCUCAUCGCGUCACAGGGCAAACUCAAAGCUCUCAUAUUCCCAGGGUAGGUUGGUAACCUCGUCCACAAUUCUAACAGACACCGACCACACCGCUCUCCGCUUCAAACACAAGACGUUGCGAGGGCUUUCGGAUGCUGUAAAUGAUCCCCAGCUGCGCGCACUGGACGCAACAGUUACGAGCGCCUUUCUGUUGCUGUUUCUUGAUCUCUUAGAAUCGGGGAGUGGCACUUGGAAUAUACAUCUGGAAGGUGUCAAGAAAUUAAUCACCCAGAUUGAAACCCACACCAGGCCAAAAGGAACAGUGCAACAAGAUUUCGGUACAUAUCUUACAAGUAUACGGGAGUUCGUCUCUAGACAGGUUUACGUGAUCGAAAAUCUGGGCCCAACAUACGCAAAUCCUGAGUUAUUGUCAAAUACGCCUAUAGGCCCUAUACCUUUACGAGCAACGAAACAGCCGCUACAGCAAAAGUUGGAACAUUCGUACUUGGGAUGUCCCGAGUAUAUCUUAGACGCUCUCGGGGCCUUUUCUUCCAGUCGAGAUUUUCUCUUGUCCUCACGGCCGAGAAGCGAGGCUGACCUUGAAACACGAAUUCAUAGAAUAGAUGACAUUCAGGAACUAUCCAAGUUAGCAGAGUCUUAUAAACUUGGAGCUCAGAUAUAUGGCAGACGCAUUCUUGACGCUCUGAUUGCGGAGGAGACCUCUCAGGAUCAUCUCGUGCGCCGACUUAUUAGCGUCAUUCAUGAGUUAGAGAGUGACGCCAACUUGUUCAAAUGCAUACUCUGGCCAAUGGUCAUUGCAGGAUUGGAAUCCCGCGAACAGGUGCACAGGAAGUUUAUAUCAGGUUGCUUGGAGAAAUUUUGGCUUGAAACAAGAUGCUUGAAUGUGGUGAAUACCGGUACUAUACUACGUAGGGUGUGGCAGUGGGAAGAACGGGAGGACUCGACCCCGAAGCUUUGGAUAUUCAGGAUUGGUCAACUAGGAGGCGACUGGCUUCUUGUAUAG